UUCAUGGGCCACCAACUCUUCGAAGAUGCAUACCACCAGGUCAUCCGACCGGAGCCAGUGGUGGUGCGCGUUCCCGUAGUGGUUCGCGUGCCUGUCCCAGGCCAUCUCGGUCCUUGGGAUGCUCCUCACGAGCCCACUGCUCCUGCCCCUCGCGCACCAUCCUCUCCUCGUUCGCCUAUCCUCUUCAUGCAUGGCAUGAACCGCCAUCCUCUCUCUCUCGCCCCUGCCGUCAACCUCGCUCCCGUCACGAGCCCAAGCACAAGCAACAAUGGCCCCGAGCGCCGCACCACCGCCGAGGAGGCCGGCACCAACUUCGCCUCUCCCCCGGGCGGUUGGGAGUUCGCACCUCCCAUCGCCUACACUCACCGCCCCCUUCCUUCCUCGCGCCGCCAGCCAGGCAACGCUGAGGAUGAGGAGAGGGUUCCCCGUUAUCUCCCUCCUCUUCCCUCCUCGCUCGUCACCGCUCUCGCAGACCUCGCCGUCCGUCAGGAGGCUAUGGUCGACGAGGGCGAGGGCGAGGAUGCGGAUGAGGACCAGGAGUAAGGCUCUCCAAUCACCAAGUAGAGGGUCAACGACGUUAUGAAAAUGCAGAAAGU